AUGUUCUCAGGGUCGAACUCAUACUUAGGGGGCGGAAACAGUGCCCGACCUGGGCAGCCUCAGUAUGGCCAACAGCAGCAGUCAUUCCAGCAACCGGGAGGUUUCCAGGGCGGAGUGGCUCCUCAGCCGACAGGCUUUGGGGGAGCUCCAAUGCAACCACAGUUCACGGGCUUUCCGGGCCAGCCGCAGCCGCAGGGUUUUGGACAGCAGCAACCCCAGCAACCUCAGCAGCCCAUGUAUACGGGUUAUCCAGGCCAGCAGAACCAGCAGUUCCAACAGCAAGCUCCACAGCAGCAGCCCUUCCAAACUGGCGCGCCGCCGCAGCAGCAACAGCAACAGCAGCCUCCUCCCCCUCAACCGCAACGGCCGCAGCCCACGGGUAUGACUUCAGCGCAAAUGGCUGAUUCGUUUAGAGGCUCCUCGUCGGCCUCAUCUGUACCACCGCCUGUACCCGCGAAGACGAGCAAGAUCCCGAAUAUAAGGCUGUCGUUCAUCACGGCGCAAGAUCAGGCCAAGUUCGAGCAGCUGUUCAAAUCUGCUGUAGGGAAUGCGCAAGCGCUGUCCGGCGAUCAGGCGCGGGAUCUUUUGAUGCGAUCCAAGCUACCCGGAGAUGCUCUAUCUGAUAUCUGGACACUGUGCGAUACCACCAAGUCCGGCCAGCUACUGUUCCCCGAAUUCGCGCUCGCUAUGUAUCUUUGCAAUCUCAAGUUGACUGGCAAAGAUCUACCGAGCGCAUUGCCCGAGCGUGUCAAAAACGAAGUGUCGAGCAUGGUGGACAUCAUUUCAUUCGGUGUUGGCGCAGAUGAACAGUCUAGUCGCUCCACUCCGGCUAGCAAUGCUCCUAGGUUCGAUGAGCCCCCUACGAUACAGCAACCCCAGCCCCAGCAAUCGAAUAGUCAGUUACUUAACACCAUGGUAUCUCAACCUACCGGAUUUGGUCAACCAACGAUGGGGAUGCAACCUCAGCCUACUGGGUUUGGACAAGUUCCGGGAGGCUACAAUGGGCCCCGACCGCCUAUGCCUCCCAUGCCAACGGGUUAUGGUUCCAAUCUGACCCCAAAUCAGACCGGCAUGGCCCCUCUAAAUGCUCAGCCCACAGGUAUACCUGGCCAAUGGGGCUUGGUGAACACACCUGCCACUGGACUUCCUAAUAUCGAGUCUCUGGCAGCUCGAAUGAUGCCUCAAACUGGACGCGAGGGUGGCGCCCAUACCACGGCUGGGCUGACUGGCAAUGCAACCAUUCCUUGGGCUAUAACGAAAGGUGAGAAGAAGCUGUAUGACGAUACAUUUAGAGCUUGGGACGGUAUGAGCAAAGGCUAUAUUAGCGGAGAGCAAGCUCUUGAGAUUCUCGGGCAAAGUGGACUGCCAAAGCCUGACCUUGAACGAGUGUGGACACUUGCCGAUUCCGCUGACCGUGGUCGUCUUAACCUGGACGAGUUUGCGGUUGCGAUGCAUCUCAUCUACCGCAAGCUGAACGGAUACCCUAUUCCCGCUCGCCUACCUCCUGAACUAGUGCCGCCGUCUACACGUAACAUCAACGACUCUAUUGGCGCCAUGAAAUCUCUGCUGCGCGGGGACGCUGAGGACAGAAAAAAUUCUGGCGCAUUCCUCCAGCCUCAACGCACUGGUGUCAGUUACCUCAAGUCCCACUCCUUCCGAGCUGGAAGUCCACAAGCUGGUGGUAGAAAAGACGCAACUGUUUUCCGAAACAAUGACGAUAAUAUCGGGUACAAGUCAAGCGCCAGACGCCGUCUUGGUGCGGGUGGUCGCUCGCCAUCUCCCGCACAGCCGUCAUCUCCUGUAUCCGAGCGAUCGGAUGAGAUGUCCCUGGACCAGCUGAGGAAGUCAGUCAAAGAGAAGCAGAUUCUCCUAGAUGCUAUGGACACCCAGGACGAAAAUGCGGCAGAUGAGGAGGAUGCACUCGAUCGCCGUGACCGUCGAGAAGCGGAAGAACUCUACCGCCGCAUUCGUAGGAUACAGGAAGACAUCGAUGCUCAUCCCAAGGCAUCCCUGAGAUCUACUGAUUCUGAUGCGGAGCGCCGCGCCCUCAAACGCCAGCUCCAGAACCUGACAGAUCGCCUACCUGAACUUGCAUCCAACGUGCGCCGAACUGAGCGAGAGAUCGCAGACGCUCAACUAGAGCUCUUCAGACUUAAGGAUGCCAAAGAACAUCCAGGAUCCGCCUCGACGAUUGUUGGUACUGGUCCUGGAGGCGCUGUAACCGAAUCAGAUCGUUUGAAGGCUCGAGCCAAGGCCAUGAUGCAGGCACGUUCUGCCGCCUUGACCGGAAGGCCUGCCCCUGCUAGUGAUGAUACCGGUGCAGCGACAGAGCGCCUGGAGAAAGAAAACUCACGCAUUCGAGCUGAGAGGGAGAAUAACGAGCGUAUGAUCCGUGAUGUGGAGGAUAGUGUAAACGAAUACACAAAGGGACUAGAGUCAAGCUUGAAGGAGGGAGGGCAUGACAACACUAGUGAGCAUGAACGCCGGAGGUGGGAGGAGGCUCUUGGAGUAGAGGAUGAUGUCAAAGACUUCAUCUUUGAUCUUCAGCGGAGUGGUCGAGCUUCUCGUGUCCGCAAAGAAGAUUCCUCGCGCGACAACUAUAGGUCAUCGGCUCGAUCUGAGGAAAAGCGUCCCGCAACCGCUUCCAGGUAUGACAGCCCUGGCUCUAGUACUGAGCCUACAGCUCGCCCCGCCUCGACUCCUGCCGCUGGCGGCUCUUAUUCUUCCUACAAAACACCUGAAGAGCGUGCGGCCUUCAUUAAGCAGCAAGCCGAGGCGCGAAUGGCUGAACGACUGGCUGCCUUGGGUAUCCGAGCACCAGCUAAAGCUGGGGAGUCUUCUCAGCAGCGGGCCGAGCGCGAAAAGAAAGAACGUGAGGAGAAGCUUCGCCAGGCUGAGGAGGAAGAUGCCCGCCGCGAAGAGGAGCGCCAACGACGUCUCAACGACGAAUCCAUUGCACCCCCUGUCACGACUAAAGGUAGCGGCAAGAAGCCCGCCCCGCCUCCACCAGCGUCACGUAAAAACAAGGCCGACGUCGCUCAACAUGACAUCAAGCAGGCUGAAGCGGAAUCGAAGAGAGUAGAAAACGAGGUGGCUGAACAGGCUAUCCGUGAGCAACAAGAGGCUCAGGAGGCGGAAACGAGGCGCAUGCAGGAGGAAGAGCGUAGACAAGAAGAUGAGUUAGCCAAGGAGCGUGAAGCUUCCCAAGCUAGACUCCGCGCUUUGGAAGAACAGGUGCAGCAAGGCAAGCUCAAGAAGGCCGAAGAGCGGAAGCGCAGGGAUGCGGCCCAGAAGGGUGCAAAGGAGAAGGAAGGUCGAUUAGCUGCGCAGCGUGCCGAAAUUGAAGCUGCCCGUGAGCGUGAACGACAGCUGCAGUUGCAGCUCGAAGCUUUGGAUGAUGAGGAGUCUUCCGACGACGAUGGUCCUCAGAACAUCACUCCUCAAGACACUACACCUACCGCUAGUCAAGAGCUACCACGCGACUCAGCGCCACCGCCGGCACCGCCAAUGCCACAUAUUACACAUCAACAGAACACACCACCGUCGUCCGUUGCUAGCCCACCUGCAUCUUCUUUGACCAGUCCUCAUCCCGGACAUGGUGACACGGAGACCAAGAAUCCCUUCCUAAAGAAGAUGGCAUUGUCUAGUCAGGAGAACAAUGCUGCUUCUACGCCGCCACCUCCACCCAGCAAUACCAGCGAGGUGUCUACGAACCCAUUUCAUCGCUUGACGCAGGAGAAUGCCAACAAGGCCGCUGUACCUACCUUCAACGAACCUUCCGGCCCUCCAGCCCGCAGACUAGGAGGACGCCAGGACGACGAUGACUGGUCUGUCGUGGACUCGGACGAUUCCUCUUCUGACGACGACGAACCCCCAUCCCAAGGCGGCGCCAAACAACUAGCUUCCAUCCUCUUCGGCACCAUGGCACCUCCUCGCCCCCUUUCGUCGAUGGACAACAAAAGCCCUCGCGCGGAGUCGCCUGCUGUGUCUUCUCCUGCUGCUAUCCCGCCCCCGCCGCCAAUGCCUAGUAGUUCGGCUCCUCCGCCUCCUCCAGGACCACCGCCUCCCCCGGGUGGUGCAGCACCUCCUCCCCCGCCAAUGCCCAACAUGAAAGCUCCCGGUGGACCGCCAGCUCGGGGGGCGCUACUCGGGGAGAUUGUUGCGGGUAAGGGAUUGAGGAAGGUAGAAACGAAGGAUAGGAGUACGUCAAGUACUGCUGGAAGAGUCUUGUAG